AUGUUUGCUUGUUUGUAUGUGUGUUUAUACAUGUGUAUUUGUGUACGUGAUCACUCAAGUGUGUUUAUGUAUGUUAUUCAUUGUAGUUACAUUUACGGGGUACAUUUCUAGGCGUUUGUGUAAUACAAUAUAGUGCACUUGAAAUAACUACGAGUUGCAAUCUCUAAAACAAUUUGAAUUUGUAAAAGUUUGUUUCCAAUCUGAUUUAUUUUUUGCACAACACAUCUCUCAACUCCAUUGAUGCUCAAGUCUGCUUUGUGCAUGCAUUUGUGUGUAUUGGUUCCCGUCUCUGGGUAUAUGUGGUUUUGUGUGCACAUUUUUCCAUUUAGUUCUCGUGUCUUUGCAAUUAAUAAAUAAAAUUUCAUUUCAUUUGCAACAUGCUAAUACAGUUCUGGCAAUAUAUUUUAUGUCAUCAAAAUUAGAGGGUGAAAUUGGAGCUGGGCCAUCACGAGAGUAUCCACUGUCCCAAAGAGGUCCCCCCCAGGAGUACCUUGAUCGACGUGCAGAGAAGCGGCGAAUGGAAGAGGUCAGUCCUGUCUAGAGUACCAUUUCCCACUCUUAAUGUCCUUUUUUCAUCAGCAGAGCUCUAACAGCUGUAGCACUUUCUAACAAGAUCCAGAUUUCCUUGUUUGUCAUGCAGUUCGCCUUUCUCGGCUUCUUAUAUGGCGAUAUGUUGUCUGCUUCAUGUUUUUCUUUCAUUGUUCUCGAUUCUCGGUAAACGUUGGUUCGCGCAUGCGCACACCUCAAGGUCAGGGUGUCGACGGCCCGAUUGCUGAAGUGCGGUUACACGUGCGACAUUUCUCGCACGCAUGGCGCUCGCCUGGCGGCCGGCCAGCUCUCGGGCCGUUGGAGUUUAGCGAUCAGGAAAAUGUCGACGCGAUUUGACGAUGGCCCCAGCUGUGUAUGGGGCUGUACCCCAACGUGUGCUACCACCAGGAGAAACGCGAAGUUUUGACACAGGAAAGCAAUGCUGCUCUUAUACACAAGUCCUCUGUCAACUGUUCCAACUUUGAGAUUCACUUCCCAUCUCCCUUCUUCAUCUUUGGAGAAAAGAUCAGAACACGUGCUGUAUCAGCCAAGCAGAUGACAAUGGUGUCACCUCUCCAACUUUUACUGUUUGCCUCACGAUCAGUAUCAUGGCAGGAGUCGAUGGUGGUGCUUGACAACUGGAUCAACCUACAGCUGGAUUCAGAGGUGGCUGCAAAAGUUGUGGCUUUGCGGCCAGCUCUUGAGGCUCUAAUGAUCCGGGCCACCAAAUAUCCUUCAGGGAUAGGUCAUCUAGACCCACAGGAAGAGAGCCUCGUGUCAGUCCUUCAAGCACUUUCUCAACCCAUUGCUGCUGGACAACAUGAGCUGCCAAUUGAGGGGCAAGCUGGAAACUACCAUGGUCGUCCAGCAAAGAUUUCAAGGAUGGACUUUGAUGGCAGUUUUCAAGCCGGGAGGCCAUGGCUCGGUAGGGAGCUCAAGGGGGCGGAAGAGGAAAUUCUUUUGGGGUUGGUAGAGGAAGUUCCUUCAGCGGCGGAAGAGGUCAUUCUUUUGGAGUUGGCAGAGGAAGUUCCUUCAGCGGCGGAAGAGGUCAUUCUUUUGGAGUUGGCAGAGGAAGUUCCUUCAGGGAUUACAGAGGUGGUUUUGAUGGCAAGAGGAGAAGCUUUUGAUACUCCACAAACUUUUUUUAAAAAAGUGUCAGUUAUGACCACUUACGAGUAGUUGAAUUAAAGCGCCGAUGUCGGCCUCCAUCCCUGUCCCUUAUAAACCAUUUACGUGCCACGUUAUUAAUUUCUAAUUCUGUUCCUUCUGGAAAUACUCUCCUGACUGCAUCUGUAAUUUGAGAGAGAAAAAAAAAAACAUUUUAUAAAAAGAAAACAACCGUCAAAAGCUCUCAAAAUCCUCUUAUAGAUGAUAAAUUAUAAAAAAAAAAUCCAACAGAAACUAUAACGUCUCUCUACCUUGCUGGGGAAAAAACACCACUGUAUGUCUCAAAAAUUCAGCAAACUACUGUGAUUGUGAAGUAGUUUAGAGAAAAUUCUCUCACUUUUUAUGUUAUUGCAUGUUUACUACCUAUACUUUGUACACUUUAUUACCAAUAAAAAUUCCUAUUUCUUUUUCC